AGUUCUAAUGGUAUUGAGUAGUAAUAAUAUAUUUCAGUGUAUCAGCUUAAUUUGCUAGCUUUUGAAAUUUAAGAAACGAAGUAAUUAAAGCUGCUGUAAAGUUCAAUCAUAAAAACAAUCAAGGUAUAAAAUAUAUUGCAGCGCAUUGAUGUCACUUUCUUUUUCUUGAACCAACCAAGACCUUCAAUCCAAAUUGAAUGUGGUUUUACUUGUAUAUAUCAAGAAACGUUUUUAACUGAUUGAAAACUAAUGUAUUAACAACACACACCCAUCACCAUACUGUUCCAGAAGUUUGCAGCUAUCAAAGUAGUUUUAUCAAGACAAUCAAGAGUGAAAUCUGUUCUGUUUGUGAGAUGUAACAAAACAUUUUAUAUCUAAGGUCAUCAUUGGUAAAGAAUGCCAAAGCAGACUAACUUCUUUCAGUUGUAUAUUGGGAUGCUAAAGAACAAUGAUAACUGUAGAAGACUUUAUCAUCCAAGAAAAAGAAAAGUUGAAGCUGGAAAAACAGCAACUUGAAUUACAUAUUCAGGUGUGCCAUAACAUUAGGGAAUUGAAGAAAGAACAUCUUGAGGAAUCAGCACAAGACUUUGGUUCAGUUGAGAAGCAGUUUCUAACAUCAAAUUUUCCUGUCUCUGAAGUAAAGAAUGGUUCUAUCAUGAUUGCUUCUAAUCGAAGAACAAUUCUACCUGUCGAUGAUGCGGAAGACUUUGGACUUCCUCUGGGUAAUGAUGUGGAAAGAAGAAGACAACUAGCUGAGGAGAGAAGAAAAGAAUAUAACAGACUUUUAAAGGAGUCUAAUCGAAGAACAAUUCUACCUGUCGAUGAUGCGGAAGAUUUUGGACUUCCUCUGGGUAAUGAUGUGGAAAGAAGAAGACAACUAGCUGAGGAGAGAAGAAAAGAAUAUAACAGACUUUUAAAGGAGAAAGAAGAGAAAGACAAUUUUAUGAGAAUCCAAAAAACAGCUUUUGCUAGAUUUCACAAAGAACCAAAGCAGCAAAUGUCUCUAGACUAUGAACAAAUGCUUCGACAGAAGAAACUGGAUGAAAAUAAAUACAG